AAACAAAAUGCCACCCUCAAAACAAUUCUACGCCACAACCUCCCCCUUCGAAGAUAAAAUCGGGUACUACCGCGCCGUCCGGCACAGCUCCCAGAUCUUCGUCUCCGGAACUACAGCCGUCGAUCCCAAAUCUUCACCCACCGCACCUCAAAUCCUCUACCCUGGAGAUGCGCGACAGCAAACAUGCGUAGCGCUGAAUGAGUGCAUCAAAGCCAUUCAGGCGCUGGGAGGCCAAGGGGCAGAGAGCGUUGUUCGGGUGAGGAUGUUUGUGGCGCGUCACGAGGAUUGUGGGCCCGUUGGUGAAGGGUACCGGGAAAUACUGGGGAAGGAGAACGGGGAGGGGAUUGGGGCUGCGGCGACGAUGGUUGUUGUGGGUGGGUUUGUGGAUGAGGGGAUGUUGGUUGAGGUUGAGGUUGAUGCGGUUGCUGGGGAGUAGAGUGUUUACGUUCGCAGAGAAAAUCUACGGAGUAUAAAGGACUCAAUGGAUUUUCUGCACAGAGCAGACUAUCUCUGAAUAUAGCCGUUGACUUCUUAUAACCAUAUCAUCUCCUGUCACCUGUCAACGCCGCUGUCAUUUAUACUUCCGCCCCUUCUGCAUGUUCCGCUGUGCUGGGCCAAGCCAAGUCGAUCUACACGUUCUAAACCCGUUGCUUGGAAAUAUGGAGAAAAG